AUGUCGUCAAAGCUGUCUUUAGUGUUUACAACACUUGCACUAUUCUUAAUACUUCAUAAAACUAACGGCAGACCAUCGCCGAUGCCUAGUGCAGAUGUUCCCAAAGAUAUCUUGAACAAACUGAAGAGCGUAUUCAGAGUUGGUCAUGGAAUUAUGGUAUACAACACAGGAGUAGCAAGCGAAGAACUUGAAGAUGAUGAAAUCGUUUGCACCGAACGUAGAGCUGGAAAGACAUACUGCAAAGAAGUUGAAAACUAUAUAGAGGCUACACGUCUAGACAAAAUCGAUCCAGAACAAUUUGCUAAAUUCCAAGAAUAUUUCAAAGAUGAUUUGGUACAAACACAGAUGGUGGCAACUCGUAUGGAUGUUGGUGAUAGUAAGACCAAAGUAAUAUACCCAGAAGGAGCCUUGUCGGAGGAUUCCAAAUGGUUAUUGGUGGUGCAACAUGGACAACAUAAGCAGGGUGUUCUAGUAGAGGAAUGCGAAAAUGUGGACCGUACUUCCGAAGAGAAUAGUACCUUGCCUGUGGAGUAUGUAUCGACAUGUAAACAAAACUUUACCUAUCGCAAACUGGUUGUAUUGGUGAAUGGUGAGAUGAAAGAGGAAAUGGUCAAAUUACCAAGCAACUGUGAAUGCAGUUCCUCUUAACUUUAAACAUAAAUAAACCAAACCGAUAGAAUUUAAUUUAGAAUAAUGCAGAUUAAAAGAGUUUAGCUUGUAAUACAUAUGAUCUUAUUUGUGAGGUUAAAAAAAAAGAAGAAAUAAAUAGUAUACUAUAAAUCAUGUUUUUUUAUUAUUAUUUAGGGUAUGGUAUUGU